AUGGUUCGACCCAUUUUGAGUCUGACCCUCGCAGUGCUGGCGGCUGCAGAAGUAUAUGCCUCUACUUUAGCUCUUCAAACCCCUCGUUAUUCUCUCAAAAGCCCUGAUGCGACCGAGCCGCGAUCCGAAGUGUUGAAGUUGGGCCAGGAGACUCUCGAUCUCACUUUAGGACCCUCGGAUACCCUAAAACUGACGUUCCAAGUCAUUGAGGAAACCGAAGGAAAGGGUGUCCAACCACACCAGACAUUCCUGCGUUUUUAUGACGAAAUUUCGGGUGAGGAGGGCAUACAACCCGUCAGGGUGACUGCUGGGGGCAAGGCUAAAUUCGAGCUUAACAUGGCCCGCCCUCCAGCGUCGCUUCCGCCGACUUCGACCAAUCCGCUGAAAGUCACUCUUUUGCUGGGCUCGUUCACACACUCACCAGCAAAGUUUGAGCUCUUUAAUUUGCGCUUGCCUGAGUCGCAAUCCCCUCCGCAGCACUCAGAAGAGGCGUCGUUCCACCCGCUCCCCGAGAUCGUGCACACUUUCCGACCCGAGCAAAGGAUCCCUGCCCCUGCCGCGUCCGCAUUUUUCGCCGCAUUUGUCUUUUGGCCUUGGUUUGUACUUCUUGGUUUGUGGUCCUUCCUCGAACCGAGAAUCCCGCAUCUGUUCUCGCCGUACAUCUUCCCUUUUAUUGGAACUCUCGGCGCGUUCGAGGUCCUCCUCUUUUGGUAUUGGGUCGACCUCAAACUUGGUGAUGUACUGUUGUACGGAAGCGUCCUCGGCGCUGUCACUGCUUUAGCAGGAAAGCAAGCUCUAGCGAAGACAGCUGAGUGGAGGUUGGGCAGAAAGUAG